CGCUCGUCCCCGCUCUGGCCCGAGUAGCCCGGUGCAGCCCGGUGCGGCUCAGCCCCUCGCGGAACAGCCAUGUCCAAUAGGCGCGUGUCCCGCUGGUACUUUGGGGGGCUGGCCUCCUCCGGGGCCGCGUGCUGCACCCACCCGCUGGACCUGCUCAAGGUCCAUCUACAGACACAGCAGAAGAUAGAGAUGAAGAUGACAGGCAUGGCAUUAAAGGUGGUGCGGACCGAUGGCUUCCUGGCCCUUUACAAUGGCAUCAGCGCCUCUAUCUGCCGGCAGAUGACCUAUUCCCUUACCCGAUUUGCCAUCUAUGAGUCAUUCCGAGACCGACUGACUGCAGGGAACCAGGGGCCAAUCCCUUUCUAUAAGAAGGUGUUGUUGGGUUCCCUUGGAGGUUUUGCUGGCGGUUUUGUGGGGACUCCCGCAGAUAUGGUGAAUGUCAGGAUGCAGAAUGACAUGAAGUUACCUGUGCACCAAAGGCGGAACUACUCCCACGCUGUAGAUGGCAUUAUACGUGUAGCCCGUGAAGAAGGCAUAAAGAAAUUGUUUUCUGGAGCCACGAUGGCAUCAUCCCGAGGGGCUCUUGUCACCGUGGGGCAGCUGUCGUGCUAUGACCAAGUCAAGCAGCUGGUCCUCAGCACAGAAAUGAUCUCAGAUAACAUCUUUGCACACUUCCUGUCCAGUUUUAUCGCUGGUGGGUGUGCCACCUUUCUGUGCCAACCCCUGGAUGUGCUUAAGACUCGUCUGAUGAACUCCAAGGGGGAAUAUAAGGGUGUCAUUCACUGUGCUUUGGAGACGGCGAAACUUGGACCACUGGCCUUUUACAAGGGCUUUUUACCUGCUGGAAUUCGUCUAGUCCCCCACACCGUCCUCACCUUCAUCUUUUUGGAACAACUCCGAUUAUACUUUGGAGUGGAUGCUUGAGCUGGGCUUGUUUUGGUGGGAGCCAUGCAGAUGCUACAAGGCCCCCAGUCUACCCAGGAUUCUUCCAAAGAGACCCAGGGAGGGAGCACACAAGCAUCCUCUCAUGGGCCAGUACUUUCCACAUUCCUGUCUUGGUUUCCCCUUCUGUGUCACCUAUGCCCACUUCUUUGGCUCAUGAGCAUGGUUGUCCCAAAGGUAUCAUAUCCUCACUGCCUCCCCCCUAUUCCUACCCUUCCCCCCCAAUCUUAGGGAUCAAAAUGUUUUUUCAUCCUGUCCUGACAGAAGCCUCUUAAUUCUACCAGUCACUUUCACCACAUCUCUGUAACUCAUUUGCCUUAACUGUCCCCUUGGCUCCUCAUCUGGGCCCUCAGAAUGCUCUCUGUAACUUAACCUUGGCCUCACAGAAGGGGAGGAUGCAAUACAUUAUGUAGCAAAUCUGAAAAAACCUUCAAAGUGGCCCCUUCCUCCCACUGCUUAUCCCUCUCCCACCCUAGACUUCCCUUUGCUUUUCUACCAGUGGGGAAAAUAAAUGUUUACAGGAACUCUCCUCUCCUCCGAUCCCCACCCCCUUUCUAGGGAGUGUGAAUUACUUGGUGGUGGCCCUGCAGCCUAAGGAUUGGGUGGAGAUGUUUUUCUAAAGCCUUCCUCACUCUGAGCAGUUAUUAAGUGCAAAAGAUUUUGUAGAGAGACUGAGGGGUAAGAUGUAUCUUCAGUCUGUCAAUCAUAAUGGAAUAUGGAGCAUCCAAACUUGACUUCCUACCCAGGGUCAACAUACAUUUACUUUUCUUCUUACCUUAUUCUCGUUUUGGGUUGUGUUAACUGGAGAAUUGAGCACUGUGGGCCUCAUUCUUUUCCUCUGUCUUUUGAUUUUGAAAGAGGAAAAAAGGACGGACAGGUAUGGUUCUCCAUGAGUCCUGGUAAGAAAAAGACUAUAGCUUCUUUCCUCCCUCUCUCAUCCUCAUGGCAACACUUUCUCCUCUCAUUAUUUCUGCCAUUAAGUCCAUCAUGUCUUUGCCAUCCAGAUCAAAGGGGCUAAAACAUCACCCAUUCUGUAGUAUUCUUUCACACCACUGCAGCUUCCUAUCCCUUUCUCCCAAGUCUCUCCAAUGGCCCCCAUCACCAACUCCUGCUCAGUGAUUGCUUUAAAGAUCAAAUUUUAGCCAAAACUCAGGCACCAAAUAGCUGCUGCUGUCUUCAGGGAUUUCUCCUCUAUGCCUUCUGCUUUCUCUUCUCCUCUCCCAAGCCUCUUACCUCCUUACUUUUUGGUACCGCAUUUCACCACAGCUACUGAGUGACUUGUGUCAGACAAAGGUCAGGAGGCCUGGGAAUGGAAGGAAACAGAUGUAUAUUUUGACUUGUUAAUUUUCUCAUCCCUCAAUUCCCUACCUCCCUAAUAUUUGAUGUUGCUUGUGUAGAAAGAAGUUGGACCAGCCUGGUUGGCUGAUAUCCAGCCAAAACAUCGGGGCACCCAUUUGGAGGUACCUUUACACCCCCACCUUGGGCCCAUUACUUUUCUAGCUGACAUUAAUGUUCCUUUCCACUUGUUGUCAACUACAUGCCCUAUGGCCCUUAGGAAGGUUACUGUGUCCUCCAUAUGUACUGUGAAAAUUUAGAGAGAGGCAGAAUUGCAUAGUAGAUAGAACCCUGGACUUAAGAGUUGGGAAGACCUGGAUUUAAAUCCUGCCAUUCACACUAGCUCUUUUGACCCUGUCAAGUCACUCAACUUGUUUGAGCCUUGAUUUCCUUAUCUUAAAAUGAGUGUCAUCAUAAAUAAGAAAGUAACAUGAUAAAAAUAAGUCUAAGGACAGCACCUACUUCAUAGGGCUAUGGUAAAGAUCACAUUAGGUAAUCUAUGUUAUGCACUAUUGAGAUAUGAGCUGCUAUUAUUAUUGCUACUUACCUAUGUAUGGUAGGAGUUGUGGAUCAGUCAGAUAACUUAUUAGUGAUUCAGAAUAAUUUCAAUUAAUGAAUGGGAAAAGCUUUCUUUUUCUAAGUCAGUUGAAUAAGUUUUUAGUCAGUUCAUCCCUCUGCAAACCAGCACUGACCACGCCUUGAAUUUUAGAGAGUAUUCAAAGAAGACAUUGCUACUGCUCUGCUUGAGCUUACAGUGUAUGUGGAGGAAGCAACUGGAGAAUGAUUCUGGGACUAUGGAGGAGAGCAUGGCCUAGACCAGAAAUAUGGCAGGAACAGGUCUUUACCGAGGACUGCCGUGUGCUCAACUAGAGUUAUGACCAAAUGGGAUAUUGUCACAGUCUUCUGGAUAUGAGGUACCAUGUUGGUAUGCAGUAGGGAACAGUGUUGGUGGAGUUGGGGGAUCAUGGUAGCAGUCGAAUAGAAAAUUGGAUUAGUUACAUCUCAGAGAUCCUGAAGAUUUAAUGAGAUAAGCAACCUCAAUUGCUGUGAGCUCCAUUGCCCACCCACCAUCACCACUCCCUGCACUCAAGGAAAAUGGAGUCAGGCUCUCUGUUCUGGUUCUUCUCUGAGUUUGUUCCCUACUUCCUGGGUUAGAUGGUUUCUGUGUGGUGUAUAGGUGCUUCUGUGUCAAGGGCUUGGUGCCCCAGGUUCUUAGUCCUGAGCCCCCUGGCUCAUCUUUGAAGGAGUCCAGAGCUAAGGAGCUCCCUUGAUGAGGCCAAGAAAGGUAGUUAGCAGGAGUGCGGAGAUUCGUCUUUGCUGAGAUUUCCCUUACCCUUCCGUGGGAUGGUACAAGAGGGAGUGGGAGGGCUAUUCCACUGAGCUGAGGGCCCAAUUUGACAUUUACUUGACAUGGUAAUGAUUUGGGUGACAGAAUUAACAGAAAAGUUUGUAAAUUUUCAUUUCUCUGUCUUUGUAGUGGCACAGUUGACGGCUGAACUAGCGCUUUCUGGCCCAGAGUUUUGUCCCCUUCUUCCCCGGGAAGUAGCUUUGGAAAAGGAUUUUAUUUAUCUAAAUCUGAUUCAUGGAUGAAUACAGGACUAUCACCCUCCUCCCCCCCAAAAAAAAUUAAACAAGGACUAGGACUAGUCUUCCAGGAGAAUUGUUGAAAAUAACAAAGUCAUAGAAUUUUAGAGCUGGAAUAAUGUAGCUUGUAUUCUUAACGAUGUUGAACAAUAAUGAAGCAUUUCAUAGUAUCAUGGAUUAAGUAGUACUGAGAGUAAAUAGAUCACCAUUUUCUAGAUGAGGAAACAAGCCAAGUUGAAGUGAUUUGCCAAAUAUAAUACGAUAUAGCAAUUGAGGAUUAGGAUUUGAACUGGAUCUCUUGAACCAAGACCCCUCUUCCCAUAAUGCCACAAUACCUCAUGGAAGGGACCUUAAAGCUUAUCUAGUCCAAUUUCUCAUUUGUUUCUUGGUUGGCAUUUUCAGAUUUUUUUUUUGGUUGAUCAAUGUUGCUUCAAUUUCUGACAACAUGAGUAUUCAAAUAUACAAACAAAAAUGAGAGAUUAAAAAGAAAUAGAAACUACUGAACAAAACAAUGCAAAAAAAGUGAUUGCAAAUGAUUGCACAUGUAACGAUAUUCAAUGUUAAUUACCAGUUGUUAAAAGAAACUAUUAAUCUUAACAAGGUUGUAUCAAUAUUGUCUUUUGUAUUUAACAUGAAUUUUGUUGCUGUUGUCAUCUUUAAUUACAUAUUUGUAAUCGGUGUGUUCUUUUAGCCCUACUUUCUCCACUGCAUGUGUCUUCCUGCAUUGUUUGGGAUCCUUCAUAUUUGUCAUUGCUUAGAGCAUCACAUUCCAUUACAUUUGUCUAGCAUAA